UCCAGCUGGGCAUUGGCUCUCUAGUUCCUUGCCUCGUGUCUUUUUUGUCUGUGCAUUCUGUUGCUUUACUCGUUAUGAUCCCUGCGCGUCUAAAGGAUUGUUACUUAACGAGAGACCUUUUCUGUCAUGUGUUCAUUCAACAACUGUGUGGAAUGGCAUUCUGCAAGCUACUCAGAAUUAAGAAUCUUCAGAAGUGCUAAGGAAUAUUAUAUCUCAUCCUUGGGCACCCCACCCUGAAUGCCCUGACCUCUCCUGAUUUAGCAGGGUCAAGCCUGGGCCAGAGAGAUGGAUGAGAAUGUUGCUGAGUUCCUCCGGAGGAGCAUCUUGAAAAUCCCCUUCUGUGAGAUGAAGACCAUCCUAAAAGCCUGGGACUUUUUGUCUGAAGACCAACUGCAGACCAUAAACUUUCGGCAGAAAAAGGAAUUCCUAGCCCAGGAAGUGAUUCUGAUGUGUGAGGGGAAGAAUGCAAGUGUUGAUGACAUGGCCCUUUUAGACAUUGUGUAUACUCAAGCUCAUCGGCACCAGAAGCUUUGGAGUGUCUUUCAGAUGAGUAAAGAACCAGGUGAAGAUGUUGACUUUUUUGACAUGAAACAGUUCCAAAGUUCCUUUAAGAAAAUUCUUCAGAGAGCAUUAAAAAAUGUUACGGUCAGCUUCAGAGUCGACGGGAAGAAUGCAGUGUGGAUUCGGGUUGCCUGGGGAACACAGUAUUCACGGCCAAACCAGUACAAACCCACUUUUGUGGUGUAUUAUCCCCAGACUCCAUAUGCCUUCAUUUCCACCAGCCAUCUGAAGAGCACUGUACCCCUUCUCCAUCAGGCCCUGAAGGUUGCUAGCAAACACCAUCAGAUCGUGCAGAUGGAUCUGAGAAGCCGGCACCUGGACUCGCUCAAGGCUAUUGUUUUUAGAGAGUAUGAUCAGACCUUUGAAAGUCACAACUCUACAAUGCCUCUACAAGAAGAAAGCCUUGGACUAGACCUGAAUUUGGAUUCAAACAUCAUUCAUGAAAACACAGAAGAAAGAGAGAGAAUCCAAAGAGUCACUCAGGAGACCUUUGGAACCUAUCCCCAGCCACAGCUGGAAUUUGCACAGUAUAAGCUGGAGACCAGAUUCAAGAGUGACAUUAAUGGGGGCAUCUUGGCUGACAGGAAAGAACCUCUGAGGUGCCUUAUAAAGUUCUCAAGCCCAAACCUUUUGGAAGCAUUGAAGUCCUUAGCACCAGCCGGUAUAGCUGAUGCACCGCUUUCCCCACUGCUCACCUGCAUACCAAGCAAGAAAAUGAAUUAUUUUAGAAUUAGAGAUAAAUGAGAUACAUAUGGCUUUGCUUGUAUUGUACAUGCAAUUCCAGUUAUGGCUGACUAGCUUCUGUAUAUAAUCUUGUGUUUUAGAAAUCAACCCUUGGCAUUGGAAAUUCAGUGUUUUUAAUGUAACUGUUGGGAUUAACUAUGUCCUUCCUGUGUGCUUUCGCUUCUGUCUUCUACUAAAUACAGCAGCUGUAGGCAUUUGAGAAGUGAUAUCACACACGCACACAUACACCACACACCCACAAAACACACAACACACAAAACACACAACACACACACACACAGAGUCGCUCAGAAGUCAAGCAUGACACAGUGGCUGAUCCUGCCUUUAUCCCACUCCUCCUCAUCCUUGGAAGUCUAGUCUCAGCCCCUGGUUUCUGUGGGAUUUCGGAAACUACUCAACCCAGAACUUGUAGGAGAAUCAGAGGGGAGAGCUCACUGCGUUAAGCUACUCCACAGACUGCAUAUCUGAUGGCUUGUUUAUAUAAAAUUAUUCUGUUCUAUUAUACAUACGUGGAGCAUUCAAACUGAGCAUCACUGUUACACUGACUUGUGAAUAAAGAUACUGGAAAACUGG